AUGUUCUGGGGUGAUGACGCGCUCGGGAGAGCACUUGGGCAGGCCAGCUGCAUGCUGAAGGCAAAGCUAUGCAUAGCUUUAUUGAUUUCCACAUACGACGAAGCCAUUUUCCUAAAGCAGGAGAAGGCUCGUCCUGUGUGCUCGGUGUGCUGGGCGCAACGAGACCUGCUUGCCCGUGGGUUCUCCUCGUCUAGCUACUAUCUCCAUGAUAUGGUGGUCUAG